GCGCCUGCAUGGGACCCGGUCUGCAGACAAGGAGCUGGUGCCAGACCCAACCCAGAAGGCCCAACCCACCUGGUGCCCGCGGGCCCCGCCUCGAGCGCCAGUCCCGCCCCUCAUCCAGUGUCCUGGUCCCCAGGCCUAGGCCCCGCCCUCAGCCUCGCCCCAGUCGGGAGCCCCCAGGCGCUGGCCCACACGCGCGCCCUCCCUCCGCCCUCCCGGGGUCGCGCUGCGCGCGUGCGCCGGCUCUGGGCGCGGCCCUGCAGUGGCGGUAGGGCUACACUCCGUCCGGGCUCCUCCUCGGGCUCUCCCCACCUUGGGCGCUCUAGCGCUAACUGUGCUCCUCUGGAAGCGCUCCGCCUGCUCCCAGCCAUGGCCUGGCGCUCGGCGUUCCUCGUCUGCCUCGCUUUCUCCUUGGCCACCCUGGUCCAGAGAGGAUCUGGAGACUUUGAUGAUCUUAUUCUGGAGGAUACAUUUAUAGAGACUUCCUCAGUAAAGCAGAAAUGGGACCAUAUCACCACCACCACAACCAAGAGGCCAGCAACCCCUAGAGCUCUAGCAAAUCCUGCAGUUGAUGAUUUUGACUUGGCUGAUGCUUUAGAUGAUCGAAAUGAUCGAGAUGAUGGCCGUAGGAAACCGAGUGCAGGAGGAAGAGGUUUUUCAGACAAGGAUCUUGAAGACAUAGUAGGGGGUGGUGAUUAUAAACCUGACAGGAAUAAAGGUGAUGGCGGGUAUGGCAGCAAUGACAACCCUGGAUCUGGUACAGUGGCAGAGACCGGCACCAUUGCCGGGGUGGCCAGCGCCCUGGCCAUGGCCCUCAUUGGUGCUGUCUCCAGCUACAUCUCCUACCAGCAGAAGAAGUUCUGCUUCAGCAUCCAGCAUGCAGCAGAACGUCAAGAGGGUCUCAAUGCAGACUACGUGAAGGGAGAGAACCUGGAAGCCAUUGUGUGUGAGGAGCCCCAAGUGAAAUACUCAACACUGCACACACAGUCUGCAGAGCCACCAUCUGAGCCGGCCCGGAUCUGAGGACCCCGUUCAGCAGCAGGUGCCACUGCUUGUGACCUGGCUCUUUCGUUUGGCCGCACAGCUGCUACGCUGCUCUUUCAAUGUCAUUGACUCCUUGUUCUAAGCUUUCCGGAUGAGCUUUAGGUGCUCAUAAGUUUGGUUUUUGUGUCCUGCCAUCGAGGGUGGGGUGUCCACUCUGCCACAGGGGCUCUGAGAGACCUUGGUGCUGAAAUUCAAGAGCUGGCUCUGGCCGAGAGCCGGCCGUGGCAGCGACUGGGUCACCGACUCCCCCAAGCCAGCCUGCCCCUAGCCUGACCGAGCACGGGUCGGAAGAGGCAUGAUGGGAGAAGAGGAUGCUGGGGAUGACUACAGAGGAGGACUCAUGCUCGGGACAAGAGUCUAAACCUAGGAUACUGCGAUCCCCCUGCACGCUGGAGUGGCUCACUCUGGCGGGUUUCUGCCACUAGGCAGCCCCCAGCAGAGACCUCGAGGAGCUGCCAUUCAGGAGGCCCAGCCAGUACCCGGAGCCCCCGUGAGGAGUGAACAGCCAGCACCAAGUACCAGCACACGCACGAGGCACCGAGGGCGGCAUUUUCAUUUUGGUCUUUCUCUCCUAUCCCAGGUUUUAUGUUCCUGCUCCAAGUGGAGGCUGUUCAGUUGUUUAAGUGCAAACGUGCAUCUCACGAGAAAGUCCUGCCCUGAGAAUUUAGGAAUCUUCUGGAUAAGUAGCAAGCUGCAACUUCCAGGCCUAAUUCCUAGAUGAUUCCCUAGGGGAUGGGGUGUGGUCUUAGGGCUAACAUGUUUACUCUUUAGGAAUCAUUGCUACGUUGGGAAUGUUUUAGACUGGGCAGGGGCAGGUGCUCACCCUCCACCUGUCUAUGAUCUUACUUUGGUAGCAAGAGCUAGACAUAGGGAAUAAGCAUCAAAGCCAGAAGCAUGCUGAUUUGCUUAAAAAGAUAUUAGGGGUGGGGAGGGAAGGGGAGAGAUGCUACUUAGUAUGGUGAGAGACACCUGACUUUCUAGCUCUGCGAUCAGCCUGCCAUCGCUUGUUCUGAUGAAGAGCGGCUCCCAGGAAUGUUCCUUUGGACCCUAUGUGGCUCUGGCCCAGUGAGCUCUGCUGUGGGAAGCUGAGCUAGGGUCUACUGUCAAUCUGUUUGCCGUGUCACAAAGCACUUCUGGAAGCAGAAUGAGUCACUGGGCAGGCAGGAUCCUAUUUACAAAACUCUCAGGCCUCUUUGGCCUGGACAACGGCUCCACACGUUCCACAGGCUUUUUAAGGAAACCACUGGAAUCCGCAGCCCCCACAUGCUAUGAUGCAUGCCUCAUAUGUUUGUUUUAGAAACUUUCCCGUAGCAGGCGGGUGGUCAGUUGCAGCACUGCACAAGGCCACCUCUCCGGGCCACCCCAGUGUGUGCCUGUGGGCCCCGAAGCACCACCCCUCCUGCUCAGCCCUUUGAGCCCGAGCAGCCCAGGACCGUGUGGCUGAAAGGGGGCUCAGGGCAUUGGGGCAAAGCCAUGAAGGAAGGAAACUGGCCUGGAGAAGCUCACUGUGCUUCAGCAAAGCAAUUAGCAAGGCAGGCAUUGCGUGCAAGAUUGGUCUAUUUCUAGGGCUUCCCAUCCUCAUUGCUCAGAUUGUCUAUUUGGUCAGGUUUGUCCCUCCCUGACACAAAGGCCCUUCGCCUUGCCCCCUGGCCAGUGCUGGGCUGGAGGUAGCUAUGGAGGAUUUUUGCACCCAUAGCUUACUGCUACCUAGAUGGUGUGACCUCAGUCAGGGGGGUUUCCACCUUACUUUACGGUGAGACCUAUCUGAUGGCAAAGACCUUGAAACCCUAUAGCUGUGACAUAAACAUUCUGUGAAAACCAUGUUCUCAGUAGCACUGCAUUCAAACGAGAGACCUGUUUUGCUGUCCCCUAGCUAGGUACCUUCUGCAUAAAGCCCAUUGCUUGCUCCCAGGCCUGCAGGCGGCAGCCUGUGGUGACUGGACAUGCCCAGUGGACCCCUCAGCCUCCUGUUUGCAGAGUGCUCAUCCCACGGACGUCACCUUCCCACAGGCAUUUUAUGCCUGCUCUGAGCGGUGGUCUGCAGAAGCCUAGGUGGUCUCUUAUGAUUAUCUGAAGGUUGCAUGGACCAGCUUGGGCCUGUCCCAGGUGAUGGGGAUUGGGGGAUAGUGGACUAGAUGGGCCACUUCAAAAUAGCUAAUUUGGCAGAGAAAACUAACAACUCUGAGCAUGUGCUGAUGAAGUCACAGCCCAAGGAAACAAAGCUGAGGGGCAGGGAGGUGGGGCACCCCUGGGGGGACCUAAGGGAGGCUCACCAGUGCUCUAAGGAAGGAAUGGAGACUGAUCUCAGAAUCCCCUAUACAUAUGUUUAUGUGCUUGUGUUCAGGUGUGAAUUGUGAACUGUCUAGUGUUUGCAUUAAACAAAAUGGCACCUAACCAA